AUCCAGACCAACAAACACACCAUAGGAGCUUUGUGGAUUCAAAGGAUUUGCUUUCCCCUCUCAAAGAGCCGCUAUUCUUUGAUGAUUGGGCAGCGGCAAACUUCAAAGUAAUAAAUCUUAUUUCUGACUGGCUGGCGGCCCACCAAAGUCCUUAUCAAAUUCUAAGAAGUGAUCCCUCACUCUUCAGAUACACCGAGGAUAUAUCGGAGAGAGGAGGCACCGGAGAGCCUGCGCGACGAUCUGUUUUUUUCCACAUUUUUCACUAAAAAAUAUUUGUUGUUGAUAUUAGUUGUUUUCUAUAAACCCUGUGAGGAGGAGGACGUUCAUCAUGGCAGCGGUGGCUGUUCUGCGGAAUGAAACCCUGCACGCUUUUCUCCAGGACCGCACUCCCAACUCGUCUCCAGAGAACUGUAAGCACUCUCCGCUGGCUCUCCUGGCUGCAACUUGUAACCGGAUCGGGCAUCACCCGGGAUCCAACCCUCCAGACUUCCUCCAGGUCCCCUACGACCCCACUCUGGGCUCCCCUUCGCGUUUGUUUCACCCGUGGACUAAUGACGGGGCCCCCCAAAGCAGCCUGGCCACCAACUCCACGUUCGGACUAUCCGCCAAGCCUCAGCUGUCUGCGCACAUCCAGAGCUCCUUCAGCUCCCACCACGAGCUGCCCCUCACCCCUCCGGCGGACCCUUCCUACCCCUAUGACUUCUCCCCCGUCAAGAUGUUACCUUGCUCCAUGCAGUCUACCUGUCCUCCGACCUACGUCCCGGCUGUCAGUUACGCAGCGCCGACCCCCAUUCCGCCCGCCAUGCCGAGCUUCGUGGGCCCCUCCGGACUUGUCCACCAGCAGCAGAGACAGUUGUCCCCGAGCGCAGGGGAGGAGAUCCCGUGGUGGAGCCUCCAGCAGGGAAACCAUCACGUGGGCCACUCAUCCCCUCUGGGUCCCCACCGCUUCCAGCUGCAGAGGAGCUUGGUCCUGGGCCACUCGGACUUCGCGCAGUACCAGACGCAAAUCGCCGCCCUGCUGCACACCAAGUCCCCGCUGGCGACCGCGCGCAGGUGCAGGCGGUGCCGGUGUCCGAACUGCCAGUCGUCCGCCUCCAGCGACGAGCCGGGCAAGAAGAAGCAGCACAUCUGCCACAUCCCGGGCUGCGGGAAGGUGUACGGCAAGACGUCGCACCUGAAGGCGCACCUGAGGUGGCACUCCGGGGAGCGGCCGUUCGUGUGCAACUGGCUGUUCUGCGGCAAAAGUUUCACGCGCUCGGACGAGCUGCAGAGACACCUGAGGACUCACACCGGGGAGAAGCGCUUUGUUUGUCCGGACUGCUGCAAGAGGUUCAUGAGGAGUGACCACUUGGCCAAACACGUCAAAACGCACCAGAACAAAAAGAGCAAGUGCCACGACAAGACGCUGGACCACGUCAAAAGAGAGGACACGAGGAACAUGUAACACCUCCUGCUCUCACCUGAAACUGUACACAUCCAGUUAACAGUUAGUGCAAUACAGUCAUAGUUAAAGUGCGCCAUGAGCUGCAGCUUCCUCUAACCCUCUCCAUCCUGACAGUAGUUUUUGCUGGUCUGUGUAGCACAUUUCUGUGUAAAUAUAAAGUUUAUUAAACGAGUUCAUUUUGGGACCAAGGAAAAGUUCACAAGUUUGGAUUCACUGUCUAUAAUCAUAAGGCAGACAAGUUUUCAGCUUGUGUUUUUSAUCCAUGUCUUCGGUGGAAGAUUUCACUCCCCUAUAAAUGAUAUUUAAUAGCUUUUGUUGAAUGAAAGUGUCUGCUUUUUGCUCCAUAAGGGGGUGUUUUUUUUUYYKKUUUUUUUUUUGUUUAGUUUUUGAUUUUUUUAAGCAUGCUCUUGAAAAGAUCUGCUAUUGUUGACAUGACCCAAAUACUGUGUGAGAAUAAAAGUUCUAACAUUUUUCAGAUCUGAGAGGAAUUCAUUCAGCGUUCCCUCCUCACCUGAUCUGAGCUGCUUUCUUACUUUAAAUAUUAUCUGGAGAAAUGUACACAAGUUCUGUGAAUUGUUGCUGUUUAGAUUUUGCAUCUAGAAAAUCUAGUUUAAUUUUUAGAUCAUUGGGGCAACUCUUAAAAAUAAAAUGUUUUCAGAGGUUAAUUCAGUUUGGAACCUGAGAAAUGGCUAUUUUUUUUAUCUACCGCUGCAGUUUGUUACUAUUCUGGUUAAUCGGAGCUGUUUUGACUGGAUUUGAGCAUUAGUUUUAUACCAAAAGGCGGCAAAAUAUAAGUUGAUGCGGAGUGAACAAUUUCUGUAAUCUUUGGAAAUUAAGUUGCAAAUUCAGCCACCUACAAUGAAAAAAWUUUUAAAAAAUGAGCAAAAACUGAUUCAUUAAAUAUAACUAACUCCAUGCCAGCCACAGAUCUGAGACCCUUAAAUGUUUAUUAUCCAUCCAGAAACCGUUAACAUCAUACUUUAUAUCGUACAAUUAACUUUUACUCCUUUUCAGAGACGACAUGUAAAGAAAUGCAAAUAAUUGUGCAUUUUUUCUGCUUCUAAAGAGCGCAAAUGUUUGUUUCUUUAGUUGUUCGAUUUGUCCUUUGCAGUGACAAAAAAAGUGACAAUCAGUGAAUUUGUCAUUAGCAAAAGAUUUAAUGUGUUUCAUGAUUCAAAGAUUUAAGUUUGAUGCAGGUUUUUAUUUCAGCUUCAGCUGAGGAUUGGAUCUUUUCCAGGGUUGAGGCGUUUCAACCUGCCUCUUGUUUGAUCCAUCCUUCUGAUCACUUCUAAACUGUUUCAUGUUGACUUCCUCCACUCAUUUUCCCACAAGCCUUAUGGAAAUAAAAUUUAACUUCAUCUCAAAGCUCUGUCCCUCCCUGAUACUCAUCAGCAUCGCGGAAGAAGCGAUGAACUGCUGAUCUGAACAGCGAUACGGUGAUUCAUCUGUCCUCUUCAGUCAGUAAGUAAAACCUGCAGUCACUCUGUUGUCAUUUCUGUCUCAUGUGGGUUCAAUGAAACUGUCAGGAUGAGAGGGAGAGGAAGCUGUCAGUCAGGGUUUCUGCCUCAACAGCGCCCCCUUUUGUGCUCUGCAGUGGCUCAUUAGACCAAAAACAUCCUGUCAAAAACACCCUGAAAUCUGAUUAAUUAAAAAAAUAAAAAUAAAAAACAUG